AUGAAGAUUACACCAGAUACAAAAGUGCAAAAUGCGGCGACUUUUGAGAUAUUUAGAGAAGAUCAUACUAUGGGAAACGUAAUUAGACACAAAUUGUUACAAGAGCCCCAAGUUAUUUUUGCUGGUUAUAAAAUUCCACACCCAUUAGAACAUAAUGUGAUCAUAAGAGUUCAAACAACCAAUGAAACAAAACCUGAAGCUAUGGUAGCGAAAGCUUUGAAUGAUUUAAUUACGGAAGUUGGUUACCUUAGAACAAAAUUCAUGGUACAUAAAUAA